UAAACAUUUCGGUGGACACGUUUUUGAGUGCUUUAAUACAUCUGUUACUGUAUAGUUACGCGCGUUGCAGACCAUAUUUGAGUCGCAGCACGAACCAUGUCAGAACAUGAACAAAUACUUAUCGAGCUACUGAACAAGAUAAUCGCUGAGCGAGCGCUCGACGCUCCUCGAGUGAAGAUACAGCCCAUCAGCAGCGGCGGAGCCAACUUCACCACCCAGCUGUUCCAGGCCGUCAUCAGCCACGGAGACAAUGAGCUGAAACUGUUCGCGAAAGUAGCAGCUGUCGGAGAAAAAUUCAGAAAACAAAUUGAAGGCUUUCGAAUAUUUGAAACUGAAAACGAUUUUUACACAAAGCUUAUGAAAAUUUACGAAAACCUUCAAGAGAAGCACAAUGUGCCGCAGGACAAGCGGUUUGUAGCGCCGAAGUGUUACGGAUGCAGCAGCAAGCUGUAUGAAGAAGUGCUCGUGUUGGAGGACUUGUCGGCACAAGGGUUCACAGUGUACGACAGGAUGAAGUCGGUGGAUUGGGACUACGCCUCCAAGGCUGUGGGAGGAAAUCGCUAAGUUUCACGCUCUGUCUGUCGCAUUUGAAAAGAAAACAAGGAAGAAUUUAAUGAAUAUGUGGGAGCUUUAAUAUUCUCAUUGGAUAAAGAGACUACUCAACAUUUCAUCGAUAUCAUUAACAAGGGAGUUAAUUUGAUUAAGGAAGAAAAUAGAAGUAGAGUAGAAGCAUUUAUAGCAUCCGUUGGGACGUUGGAUGACGAUGAUAUGUUUAAACCGGUGAAACUGAAGGUACUAGCACAUUGCGACAAUAGAGUUAGCAACCAAAUGUACAAAGUACACGAGGAUGGAGGCGUGGAGGUAAAAAUUAUAGACUAUCAAACUAUUCGGGGAGCCUCACCGGUCGUCGAUCUGCUGUACUUCAUAUUCUCCGGCACCGACAAGAAGUUCCGCGACCAGUACUACGAACAGCUCCUGGACCACUACUACAAGGAGCUCAGUCUAGCCAUGAAGAGACUGGCUCUCAACCCUGAUGAGAUCUAUUCGAGGGAGGACUUCGACUUUGAAUAUAAAACGAAACUUCCAUCCGGGCUGCCUCUGGCGAUGGUAAUGUUGCCGCUGAUCACCAUAGACGAGGAGAACGCCCCCAAAGUGGACAAGGAGUUAAACAUGCAAAGCUUCGCGGUGAACAACACGAGCGACAUCCUCCGCGAGAGAAUCAACGGAGUUGUCGACGACUUUAUACGCUGGGGACUUGUGUAAAAACAUUAACAUAUCGAGGAUCGCCAGAUGUUAUCGGUGGCGCCACGGGAGUUUGAGUAAUUACAUGUGCCGCGUGCGCAGCUACUCAUAAUGUUUGACUGUCGUUUAGAACACGUAUUUUUUGUUUUCUCUUGUGGAUAUUAUUAUUAUUAUUUAAUUAUAA